AUAAUUAUCUAAAUGUAAUUGGGUCUCGACUAUACUUGACGAUGGAUAACGGGAUUUAUCUUCUUAUAUCAGUGUUUUACUUUUUAAGACCCGGUCAAAAAGAAGUUUUAUUGGACCAUCUAGUUGUAAAACAGAAACAAUAUAUUUAUGGCACAACAUAUAAAUUACAUGCAUUUAGACACUGUAAAUUAUAAAACUUACACGGUAAUUUCUCUGGUACAUACUAUAUAUAAGAUAAUUUGAAUAAAAAUAAUUAAUUAUCUACUUAAAAGAUUAAAAGAAGAAAUAGAGACACAAAUAUGCUUGCAUGUAACAAAUAUAGCAAUCAUAUAGGAAAAUAAUUGACUUUCAUUAUACUUUUAACAAAAAUGUCUUAUUAGAAUGAGGUAGUUAGAUUUCAGUGCCGAAAAUGCUGUGUAUUACUACCUCCAUUUUUUUUACAUAUAACGCUGUUAACUUUUCAUAUAACGUUUAAUUAUUUAUCUUAUUAAAAAUUAAGUGUAAAUAUAUAAAAAUAUAACUUCAUAUUAGAGUUCUUUUGAUGAUAAAAAAGUUAUAACAAAACAAAUGACAUUUAUAUAAACAUUUAACCGUCAGUAUAAUAAAAAUUUAGUGUAAAUAUGUAAAGUACUAAAUAAGUUAAUAUUAGAGUUCCUUUGAUCAUGAAAAUAUCAUGACAAAACAAAUAACAUUUAUAUAAUUUUAUUAAAAUAAGAUGAAUAGUUGAAAGAAAAAAAUUAAAGAUGUCGGGCCGAGUAUAUUAUAACCAGCCAAAGGUAAACAUACUAGGACACGUUUUCUCACAUGUACAGUUUCGUUAGACUUUUCUCAGUUCGCAGUAGCGAGCUCAAGUGGCAACUGAAGUCAAGUAAACGCCUGCACUUUCCAAGGCUAUAUAAUAUCACAAACAGUUCUCACGAAAAAAGAAAAACAAGAACUCCAUCUUAGAAGUGAUGUUUCCAUCAGUUGGAGCCAAAUCUCCCCCCGCUGCUUCUCAUCCUGCAUCAUUUCUUCUUUGCAGCCUCCUCAUCUUUCUAUCCUGCAACACAAUAACACCCUCAUCAGCGCAGCCCAGCAACAGAUCAGAGACCGAUUUACAAGCUCUACUAUGCUUCAAGCAAAGCAUAACCGACCCCACCGGUGCUUUCAUCUCAUGGAACACGUCAGUCCAUUUCUGCAGAUGGAAUGGUGUCAGAUGUGGCACGACAUCUCCAGCUCAAGUUGUCUCCAUAAACCUUAGCUCCAUGGAGCUCACUGGGGUCCUGCCUGAUUGCAUCGGCAACCUCACUUCUCUGCAAAGUCUGCUGCUUGCAAGAAACAACCUUGAAGGUACCAUCCCUGAAUCCUUGGCAAGAAGUUCAUCACUCAUAGAGCUAAAUCUUUCGCGUAACAACCUAUCAGGAGAGAUCCCUCCUAGUUUUUUCAAUGGCUCAUCCAAGCUUGUCACUGUUGAUCUACAAACGAAUUCUUUUGUUGGCAAAAUUCCACUUCCUCGUAACAUGGGGACUCUUCGAUUUCUUGACCUUACUGGAAACUUGCUUUCUGGAAGAAUACCACCAUCUCUAGCAAAUAUUUCAUCUCUAAGUUCCAUAUUGCUAGGACAAAACAAUUUAUCAGGACCAAUUCCAGAAUCCUUGAGUCAAAUCGCAAACCUGAAUAAGCUAGAUCUGAGUGGAAACAGAUUAUCAGGGUUUGUCCCAGUCACACUGUACAAUAAGUCGUCGCUUGAAUUCUUUGGUAUAGGAAACAACAGUCUUAUUGGAAAGAUACCUCCUGACAUUGGUCACACACUUCCAAAUCUCAAAUCGUUGGUCAUGUCUCUGAAUAGGUUUGAUGGAUCAAUUCCAACUUCCUUGGCCAAUGCAUCAAACCUACAAAUGCUUGAUCUCUCUAGCAAUCAUCUAAGCGGAUCUGUACCAGCAUUAGGAUCCUUGAGAAACUUGAACAAACUUUUGCUAGGAAGUAACAGGCUAGGAGCUGAUAUCUGGUCAUUAAUUACAUCUCUGACAAAUUGUACUCGAUUAUUAGAACUGUCGAUGGAUGGAAAUAACCUGAACGGUAGCCUGCCAAAAUCAAUUGGCAACCUUUCAACACAUCUACAAAAGUUGAAAUUUGGCGGCAAUCAAAUAACAGGAAUAAUACCAGACGAGAUAGGGAAGCUUAUAAAUCUCUCUCUGCUUGAGAUCAACACAAACAAGCAGUCAGGGCAAAUUCCCAUGACAAUUGGGAACUUGAAAAAAUUGUUUAUCUUGAACCUAUCCAUGAAUGAAUUGUCAGGACAAAUCCCAUCUACAAUUGGUAACCUUUCACAACUUGGCCAGCUUUAUCUUGAUAAUAAUAACUUAUCUGGUAAAAUACCGGCAAAUAUAGGGCAGUGCAUAAGGCUAGCAAUGCUAAACUUAUCAGUGAACAACCUUGAUGGAUCCAUACCAAUUGAACUCGUCAAUAUAUCUUCUCUUUCCUUGGGUUUGGAUCUUUCAAAUAACAAACUUUCAGGGUUGAUACCACAGCAAGUCGGUACAUUGCACAAUCUUGGCCACCUAAAUUUUUCCAACAACCAGUUAUCAGGCCAAAUUCCUUCUUCACUCAUACAGUGUGCUGUUCUAUUGUCCCUUAACUUGGAAAACAACAACCUAAGUGGGAGUAUACCAGAGUCAUUAAGCCAACUGCCGGCAAUUCAACAAAUUGAUCUCUCGGAAAACAAUUUAUCCGGUGUUGUUCCCACCGGAGGUAUCUUUGGAAAACCAAAUUCUGUAAACCUGAAAGGAAAUAAAGGGUUGUGUGCACUUACAUCCAUAUUUGCAUUGCCGAUUUGCCCCACCUCACCUGCUAAAAGGAAGAAGAACAAUACACGAUGGCUACUGAUAGUGAUUCUCAUUCCAACCGUUACUGUUGCUUUAUUCUCAAUUCUAUGCAUAAUGUUCACUCUUAGAAAGGAAAGUACAACCCAACAAUCUUCAAACUACAAAGAAACAAUGAAGAGGGUAUCAUAUGGGGACAUUCUUAAAGCCACCAAUUGGUUCUCCCCAGUCAAUAAAAUCAGCUCAAGUCACACAGGAUCAGUCUACAUCGGACGAUUCGAGUUUGAUACAGACCUAGUUGCCAUCAAGGUAUUUCAUCUUGAUGAGCAAGGUGCACAUAACAGCUUCUUUAGAGAGUGUGAAGUACUAAAAUGCACUCGCCAUCGCAACCUGGUCAAAGCAAUAACCUUGUGCUCAACGGUGGAUUUUGACAAUAAUGAAUUCAAAGCUCUAAUAUAUGAGUUCAUGGCAAAUGGCAACCUGGAAAUGUUUGUACACCCAAAGCUGUACCAAGGCAGCCCAAAGAGGGUGCUAACGUUAGGUCAAAGGAUAAGCAUAGCGGCAGAUAUUGCUUCUGCUCUAGAUUAUCUCCACAACCAAUUGGUACCUCCUCUGAUCCACUGUGACUUGAAACCGAGUAAUAUUCUUUUGGAUUAUGACAUGACCUCACGCAUUGGUGAUUUUGGGUCAGCUAAGUUUCUAUCAUCAAAUUUUACUAAGCCAGAAGGAUUUGUUGGUUUUGGAGGAACCAUUGGAUAUAUCCCACCUGAAUAUGGGAUGGGAUGCAAAAUCUCAACUGCUGGUGAUGUGUACAGUUUUGGGGUGCUUCUACUUGAAAUGUUCACAGCGAAGCGGCCAACUGACACACAAUUCGGCAGCGACCUCAGCCUUCAUAAGUAUGUGGACUCUGCUUUCCCAAACACAAUUGGUGAGGUUUUAGAUCCCCAUAUGCCCCGAGAUGAAAAGGUGGUACAUGAUCUGUGGAUGCAAAGUUUCAUCCUACCGAUGAUUGAAAUUGGCCUUCUGUGUUCCAAGGAAUCACCAAAUGAUAGGCCAGGAAUGAGGGAAGUUUGUGCCAAAAUUGCAUCCAUCAAACAGGAAUUUGACAAAACCAUGUGAUACAGCGAUUUGGGAAAAAUGGGAGAUGCAUUCUAUGUACGCUCAUCAAUGUUCCAAAAAACUGUGCACUGAUCAAUGAUGUAGCUUCCUGGGCAUCCGCAGAAAAGCAUAAGCCCUCAUUGUACAGAGAAGCCAAAAACACUUCUCUACCAGCUUCUUCCUGGAUACCUAAUUCUAAAAACAUGCUAAACCAAUGUAAAUAAAGCAUAGCUUUUAUUAGACUAAUAGCUCCUCAGAACAUUGUUUUUUCUUGAAUAUGCAAGAGAGUUGCAUAUCAUUGCAUUAAUAGAAGAAGAAAGGCGUCCAAAACA